AGAGCAUAUAUGCUUGGUAAAUUGCUUCAAAGUUGCAGUAGUAGUUUUUGGUACGGUUCGCCCUGGAGCGUUACGCGAUGCUUUCUCAUGCCGACCUCCUGGAUGCUCGGCUUGGUGAGUUAUCAGCUCUAAACAACGGCCCUAAACUCCACUGGAUGAAGGAUGCUGCGGAGCUGUUGGGACACAGAGAGCCCCUCAAGUGCCGCCUGGGUGGGAUGCCAGAGCCCGGACACCCGGGAGACAUGGCCCCUGGCGCGGACUCAGUGGAAGGCACCACCAUGCUGCCCAGUGAAGACAUUGCCACGGUGGGCUCCAAUGCGGGAAACAUGACAGUGAAUGGAAAGGAGCAAGAAAAACAACCGCAACCGCCACAAAGCUCCAGUCAGACCGCGAGCCAACAGAAGCAGAAGCGGCACCGGACGCGUUUUACGCCCGCGCAGCUCAACGAGCUGGAGCGCAGCUUCGCCAAGACGCAUUACCCUGAUAUUUUUAUGCGUGAGGAGCUGGCUCUGCGCAUCGGCCUCACAGAGUCCAGAGUUCAGGUCUGGUUUCAGAACAGACGCGCUAAGUGGAAGAAGCGGAAGAAGACCACCAACGUGUUCCGUGCUCCGGGCACGCUGUUGCCUACUCCGGGCUUUCCCCAGUUUUCGGCUGCGGCUGCAGUGGAGAACAGCCUAUGCUCCUUCCACGCAAAUGACUCCCGUUGGGCCACGGGCAUGCCGGGCGUAUCCCAGCUCCAGCUGCCUCCAGCACUGGGCCGUCAGCCUGGCAUGGGACAACCUCUAUCCCAGUGCAGCUUGGGGCCUGGGCCCCCAUCCAACUCCAUGGGCCUGUCCAACGGUCUCACCUCAAACGGCUCCGGCCUGCAGUCCCAUCUCUACCAGUCCCCGUUCCCAGGCAUGUCGGCGUCUCUUUCUGGCCCCACAAACGUGUCAGGCUCACCGCAGCUGUGUAGCUCCCCGGACAGUGACAUGUGGAGAGGGACGAGCAUCGCGUCAUUGCGGCGCAAAGCGCUGGAGCACACAGUGUCCAUGAGCUUUACUUAAAGUGACUUUUGUCAAACCCCUGAUCUAGGCCUCUGCUGUGACACCCUGCGAGAAAAACAUGGUCCAAAACUAUCAAACUGAUGCACGGACAGGAAUGGCUGCUUCGGGGUUAUUUAUCUUGUAAUUCAAAUGGAUUUUAACACUUACUGAUGGUGAAUACUAUUGUAAUGACAUAGACUAUAGGCCGUUUGCGAAGAGCCAAACAGUCGUUGUAUUUAUGUUUUUGGGUGCGUCAUGACGCACACAUGUUAUUGUGUUCAGGUGAAGUUGUGUUAUGUCAAACGGUUAUUUAUUCUGGCAAUACUUGCUAGGACCUACUGCACUCGCACCACGGGACCUGUGCACGUACAUUGUGUCCUCGGGUUAUUUGGACUAAGUUGGCCUGAGGGCAGCCCUCAAGAAGGAAAAAAUACACUUAGCGUCAGUGGCCUGCGCUGUGCGGAUGUUGUGUGUACAUAAGACAUUCUUACUCUGUUCCUCUGGUCUUUUUGUGACAUGUUUAACUUAUUGUAUGUGCUAUUAUUGAGGCAUUUCCUAAAUGUUUGUUCUCAUAUCAAAAUGCACCACUGACGGGUUUGUACAAAUUUAAAAUGACAAACAAUAAAAGUAAUUUUCAAGAUUGU